AUGAGAACGUCAGUGUAUACACAGACUGUGAAGGAGACUGGGCUGUCCAAAGCCUCAGAACCAGCUUUACACAACUGUAGUAGUGAUGAUGAUGUGCUUAACACGUUGAAGUCAGACGGAUCCUAUAAUAAUAUGGACAUUGUGUUGCGUAGUCACGUAAGUGCAAUGUGUAGUGAAGACGGUGUGUUGUGCACUCCCAGCAUUAGAAAAACCUGUAGUGAUAGUACGUUGCUUUCAUCGAGAGCAAACACAGACUACGAGUGUGAAGCCAGUGGAACAUUCCCUUACUGUUCAAAUGCAUGUGAAGUAGAACAAAACCCCAAACUAGUGAAACAACCCAGCACUGUCAAUUUCCAUGAUGUGUACGAGGCUACGGAACAAAAACUGGGUGAAGGUUCUUAUGGAUCUGUUUUUACCUACAAAAACCGGGAGUCGGGGGCAGAAUGUGCCGUAAAAAUCAUUGAAGAUUGUGAUGAUGCUAGCCGUCGGAGAGUGUUGAGAGAGGUUGGGUUUUGCCAGCGGUAUAGCGAAUGUGACAACAUCAUCAAACUCGUGGAUGUCUUUGAGAACGGAGAUACUUUUUUCCUAAUAUUUGACAAAAUAGCCGGAGGCGAGCUUACCCGGAUUUUGGCAUCACGUGAGUGUUUGAGCGAAACCGAGGCAUCGCGCGUGACCGGCGCUAUUGCCCGUGCGCUCCUCGCUCUCCACAACGACGGAGUGGCACAUAGAGAUGUUAAACCAGAGAACAUCCUUUGUCACAUAGAAGGGGAGGUCACCCCACUGGUUCUUUGUGAUCUUGGUUUAGCGAGUCACCUCCCAUCUCCAAAUGAUCCCUUGACGGAAGGGGACUCAACGAAGCCUGCUGUGGUGGUAUCCGGCGGCGGUUCGCCAGACUAUAUAGCGCCGGAGAUUAUCUCUGUGAUGUGCGGGCAGUCGACCACACCCUACGACACACACUGUGACCUCUGGAGUCUCGGGGUGCUGCUCUAUGAGAUGCUCUUCGGAGUUAUGCCCUUCAGCCACGGUUGUGAGCAGCACACCGGCUCUAUAGAGCUGGAGUGUGAGGACUGCGAGGUCGUCUUGUACAAGGACAUCCUCCAAGGGAACUACCACUUUCCCAAAGACGUCGUCGAGUUGUGCUCAGACAGUGCAGUGGACUUGAUCCAACGACUUCUGGUCGUUGACCCCCAGGCCCGCUACUCGGCCGCCCAAGUUCUCCAGCAUCCUUUCGUGGCCGCUUACGCUAGUGAUGUUCUGGUCACUGAACUGUGAUUGAAAUGGGUACAUAAUUAAAUUAUUUAUUAUCUGACAUGACGAUCUCAUGCAUGUAACUGGACUUGUGUCUAGAACAAUGGGAAGUCCCACUCUGUGUUUUCGCCCAAAUUUGGGACUGGGAGCCUAUACGGACAUAAACACUGGAUCUUAUGUAGCUUAUUGAAAUGGUUUCAAGGAGUGGCGGGUUCGUUUAGUUAUGGCUGGCUUUUUACUUAACUGACCGGGUAUUUGCAGUUCCGGAAAGUUUUGUCACGACCGACCAACGCCUAGCAGUGUUUUCGUCGCUUUCUCGCUCCUACUCUUGCGAAGAUUCAGAACUGUCUCUGUCUCACCCACAGACAUACUGGUGGCGGUAGUUGAAGCUCACGCCACAGCACAUUAGUGUGCUUCCACCCCCCCCCACACACACACAAUUUUGUUUACCUCAUACAUAGUACAUGUAUAGUAACACCCUUACAACAUUACAAAUGCAAAGUGUAUAGAUCUAUAAUAAUCUAUGACUAUGACAUCACGUAGCGUCCGGCAUGUCAUGAUAACGGACUAUCGAAUCGAUGAUGGAGAAGACAAUAGUUACCACAAGAAUGAGACUCACGAGUCUUUUAAUUAUAAUAAAUCAAUUCAGAUCUUUAAA